ACUUCAAACAGUUGUACCUAACAUUACACUCUGUGCAUCCACUGUCAGGGCAUUAUUGGUAAAUAAACUGGCCGGAAUAUUCUCUGCGAAGUUGAGUUUUGUUUUUCCCAUUUAUCGGCCCGUAAGAAGUUUCGAAAAUGUCUGCCGCUUUUAAGUUUUCCAAGAAGAAAUACUCUCAGCAAGAUCUGAGGCGUAUAAUGAGUGAAACAAAAGCUGCCAAACAGCAGCAGUCCGACAGCGAGUUGAAACGCAUCGAAUCUCCACUUGCAAAAUAUAACGAUGCCGGACAACUAAUGUGUGUUCUUUGUCGGUCGAUCGUUCGAUCAGCUGCGGUUUGGAAAGUCCACAUACACUCUAAGCAGCACAAGGAAAACAAUGAGUUAGCAAAAAAGCUCAAGGAUGGUUCCGCAGUUGAUAGUGUGGAGCUGAGAAACGCUCCCAACGCGAAUCUGAAACGAACCGGCGAUCCAGACACGGGUGUUGAUAGCGUGCCUGUGAAAAAGAUUAAAGGAAUACUGAAGAAUUCCUCGCAGACGGGAGCAGCACAGAACACAUUACCACAUGACUUUUUCGAUGAUGCUGCUAAUUCAGCUAAUGCUCCCUCUUCUAUCCGUAAGGAUCUUGUCAACAUAAAACUGCCAGAAAAGCAUCGUGACCAGGUGGGAGAGCCGAUGGAUCUCGAUCAUACGGAAAAAGAUGUUGGUGGUUCCUUAAUAGUGGCAGAUGAGGAAAAAUUACCAGAAGGAUUUUUUGACGAUCCGAAAAUGGAUGCGAAAGCACGUAAUCAGGAGUAUAAAGACCCGAACGAUGAGGAAUGGGAAAAAUUUCAGAAAGAAAUUAAGGAGGCAACAAACAUUUCCAUGGCCAUUAUCAGUGAGGAACAAGAGGAAUCCACCGCCGAAAGACAAAUUGCGGAGAUAGAUGAACAAAUACGCAACUGGUCUCGUGUGUUGGAUUUGGAAAAGAAGAAAGAACAAGUUAAGACCAUGAAAGGAGUUAAAGGCUCAGAAAUGUCCUCCAGUCCUGCUAAAGGGACGGGCCAACCUGCUCAAACAGCCAAUGACAAUGAUCGUGAGGAUGAUGAUGAUGAUGCCGAUGAAGAGUUUGAUGAAUUUUUAGAUUGGAGAGCAAAGAAAUCGUACAAAUAGAUUUUCAUAGUAUGAAUGUGAA